AUGACGUUGAGCGACGGCAUCGAGGGCAUCGACGGCAACGGCGUCGUCUGCUGCCCGCUCGGCUGUGGCCAGUGCGUAGGUACGGGGUGCAGCACUGCUGGCGCUGCGAACGGGCUUUCCUCUGGUUCAUGCUGCGGAGGAGAGAUCAAGGAUAGCGGCAACUACUGUGACGACACCGGCGUAGCCCCCUGCAUCUACGGCAGCGCCCCGGAAGAUGACGAUGAUGACGGCGGAGGUGGCACGUGCAGCGAUGGCAUCGAGGGCAUCGACGGCAACGGCGCCGUCUGCUGCCCGCUCGGCUGUGGCCAGUGCGGAGGAACGGGAUGCACCAGUGCUGGCGCCGCGAACGGUCUUGACUCUGGUUCUUGCUGCGGAGGAUCGAUCAAGAGUAGCGGCAACUACUGUGACGACACCGGCGAAGCCCCGAACGACCUCGAAUGCAUCGACCACAAGGGCGAAAUCUGUUGUCCGCUCGGGUGUGGCCCGUGCGGAGAAUCGGGAUGCGGCAUUACUAGCGCCACGAACGGUCUUGGCAGGUCUUGCUGCCUAUCGGGGCGAAUGAUAGCUGCGACGACACUAACGAGGUCUCAUACAUCAUUCAAGACGGCGGCGACGACGACGACGAAGGCGCUGCUGCUUCAGGGGGGGGGGGCAUGACUCGGAGAAUCAUUAGUCGAGUGCCACCACCACCCGUACGGGGCGGGUGUUUGUACAAGGUUUGUCAGUAAACACCAUGCGGUGGAUUUUCUGUACGCAACGGGAUCGUGCUGGUGGGCCAUGAACACAAGUGAAUUCCCAUCGAAUGUGGGGGGGAGGGUUGCCCCGUAUUUUUCCUUAUACUUUGUGUUGUGUCAUGUUUUGUCUCACAGAGUCAUCGGUGACUAUAUUGCUGACUUUGAAGUAAGGGUUCUGAGGUAUUCAUGUGGUAAUACCGCACACGACUCGUGAAAAACGGUUCUUGCAUUCUUAGUUUUAGUAGGUUGCAGACGUAUACGCAUAUCAUAGCCUGCUUAGAGGCCACGCUAUAAGAAGUGUGUGUAUGCCUCCUGAGCAGGAAUGAAACUCCGGACAAGUUUUAGGCUCGGCCCGUUGACCCCGAAGAGUGCAGUCACUCGCGAGACGGGUGCCUGCGCAAACCUUUCGAAAAGAGUUUGAUCGUGCACGUGUGGGUGGGGGCGUACUCAUGUUGCACGUGCUGUCUCGCGGGUCAUCGGUCGGUGUAAUAUUUCGGUAUUUAAUUGAAGGAGGGGUUCGAGGUAUUAGUUUGGCUUUGCCACACACCACUCGUGAAAAAUGUUGUACAUCAUAGCCUGCUUAGAGGCCAAGUUUUGGGAAAAGUUUGUUUUGAUCGGCGGUAGGAAUGAGACUCCGGUAAAGUUUGAGACUCGGUCCAUUGACCCCGAAGAGUGCAGUGCCUCGCGUAACGGGCGCCUGGACAAACCGUUUGAAAAGCGUUUGAUGGUGCAGGUGUGGGAGGGGGGUGUACUAAUGUUGCACGUAUUGUCUCGAGGGUAAUCGGUGUAGUAUUAUUUGAAGGAGGGGUUGUGAGGUAUUCAUGAGGCUUUGCCACACGCCACUCGUGAAAAACUGUUGUUACAUUAACUACAUGGCGCACAUACAAUGAAUACCAUAACAUGCUUAGAGGCCAAGGAUAGGAAAAGAUUGUUUUGAUCCGCGGCAGGAAUGAAACGCCGGAAAAGUUUGAGACUCGGUCCGUUGACCCUGAAGACUGUCAGUGCCUCGCGUGACGGGGGUUUGCAAAAUUGUUUUGUUCAUCGUGUCAUUUUUGCAUCGUGCAGGUGUGUGGGGGUAUGCAAAUGCACGCGGGGGGUCGUGUUUUUUUCUGUCAUCGGAAACGUCGUCAAUCAUUUUGUCAACCCGUUGUGAUGGUGUGCUCUGCUUAGUCACCAAUCUCGCAGGCGAACGUGGUACUAGGAGUAUUGCUGGAGAAGUUUCAUCGGUGUUCUUAUCUCUUUGUCAAUCAAUAUUUUUAAUGGUACAACGCAUCGAGGAGACACCCAAGUAGCACAAAAUGCUGAAACAGCGCUCGCUCUGAAAGCACACGUAUCUACUACACAGCCAGGGAUAGGAGAUACACCUUGGCCCGGGGGGUGGCCCCCGGCGUGUUUUGAAAGCUGGCAAGUAGUCUUUUUCGGCGCGAUGAGUCUAGGCAAGCAUCACACGGGGGGCGUGCGAGAAUAGCGAUGGGAGGAAAUGCUUGGUGACGUAAGGGUUCGAGGUUUGAACCCAACAUGAGAUGAUGGACGUUCUCUGCGAUCAAGAUCAUCCAGAACAAAGGCUCCUCAGAACGGCAGGGGCGGUCCGGCAGGACGCUUGCGCGAGCGGGCUGGGAAAGGCGGUUCAGAUCAGUUUUCCACGAUUGCCAUGGGUUGAGGCAAAUGUCAUCGAGGGCAUGAUCGGAGUGGCGGCCCCAAACCCCAUUAGAACGCUGUUUCGACUACCAUCAGCCGAAGGGCUUCGGUCACUGAGAAGUGCUCGAACCGCACCCACGACAUACCACCGAUACGGUUGUGCAACUGAACGUCGUGGCCACGAGCAAUGGCAGCUGUGACGGCCAUGGUGGGAGGAAACAUGUUGUGUACGUAUCGACGCGCCGGGGAGUGCGGUCGUCUGUCCACACAGCUUCACAACGUUCCCAGCGCCUGAGGCAUACCGUACGUCCUCCUCAAGCUUGAUGAAGUCCAUGCCAGUCAUGCUGAAGGCUUCCGUCAGGCGGUCGCGCAACCAGGACGGAUCCUGCCUGA